UUUCUGUGUAUUAAGGCUCCUUUGAACAGAGGGGCAAAGUCUGAAACUUGAAGCCAUGUUCCAGGCACAGACACAACUCUUUCUGUGGUCAUUUUCCUGAUUCUGUGCUCAGCAGAGAGAAAUCCUGGGUUUGUUCUAUCAAACAAUCUAUUACCACAACAAUUCAGAAGGAUCUGAAUUCAGAAUGGAAGAUCGCUUUGGCCAUAGGAAUGGUGCUUAUUGCGAUGACACUGGAAUCCGCUUCAACAGAGUCAACAGCAUGUCCAGGCCAAGUGGCAAAGCUAUUUACCGCCAGAGAAAGGAGUACAGUGAAGCUAUGAUGAAGCCUGAGCAUGACUUCCAGCAUCGGGUGGAGCACCUUCUGACUUGUAAUGUUGAUGGCAAAGAAAUCAACAAUGCAGAGAACUGUAUUGAGCGACUCAAGAUGAUGGAUGCCCAAAGUCAAGUAUGGGGUCAAGACAUGCUUUUGCAAAUCAAGGAGCACAUGUUGUUACUGACCGACAUAGAGGCUGAGGAAGAGCUAGAUUGCUACCCCUUGGAAGAUGUCCAGGAAUGUGUCUCCUUCCUUAACAGUUGUAUUUACAACUCCAUCUUGGCCAUUUCUGUGAAAGAACUGAACCAGCACAAGACUACUAUCCUACUCUUUCAGUGCGAGCAGAUUGGGGCUGACUUGUUGAAAACCAAAAUACAGAAAGCUAUUGAGGAAUGGAGAAGUGAACGGCAGAAUCACGAUAUGCUCAGGAUGAACUUGGAGAACAUGUUGUAUCAGCAGAGCAGAGUAUCUCACGCUGGCCAACAGAUUCCUCAGGAUUCUCCUUGGGAGAGGCAGGAGCAGCAACCUUGGAAAAUGGAGCCCCCCUACAUGGAUUACAAUGAAGCUGAACAGUCAUUUGGCCGGCAGCAGAAGCAUGAACUAUUUCAGGAAGAUCCUGAGCUAUCUCUGAUGAGGCAGGAUAAAUGUACAGAAAUUGAGAUCCUGAACCAUGUUCUAGAUGAUAUAGAGUCCUUUGUAAGAAAGCUGCGGAAGAACAACUCCCAGAGUGACAAGAAGAAGAAGAAAAAGAAAAAGGAACAUUAUAGCAAUGAAGCAGCACUGCCCUCAAGAUCUGAGUUUGAAGACUGCUUCCAGAAGGUCAAAUACAGCUUCAAUUUGCUGGGGAAGCUUGAACAAAUCAUACAACAGCCAAGUGUUCCUGAAUUGAUCAAACUCAUCUUCUCCACUCUAACAACUAUGUUGUCCAGAUGCCCCUGGACGAACCUGGCCUCUACAGUAGCCUCACCUUUGCUGACACCUGCAGCUAUUAACUUGCUCAGGCACUUCUUGAAUUAUGAUGAGCAGAUUAUUUGGAAGAAUCUGGGAACUGCUUGGAUUCUAACUAGAGAAGAAUUUCCAAAGGAACAAUCCUUCCCUCCCUAUAUACCCACAUUUUCAGAUGGAUGGGAACCUCCCAGAUCCACUUGGAGAUCCAAUGAUAUGGCUAAGGCAAAUGGAACUCAGAAUCAUUCCUCAGAUGGAGCCUCCGGUCCUCCCCAAUUCAUGCAAGCCAUGUAUGAUUUCCAUGCCCGGAACCCCCAAGAGCUCACUGUAAGGAAAGGAGACCUACUAGAGGUUUUAGACAGAAGAAAAAGAUGGUGGCUUGCCAGAAAUGCCAUGCAGGAGAAAGGCUAUAUUCCUAAUAAUAUUGUGGAACCUAAGGAUCAGAAAACAUCUAAAGAAAAUAAUGCUGAGCAAGUUUCAACAAGUUUCACUGAUCUCCAUCCAGGUUCCUCACCAGCAGAAGUCACAGUUUGGCUCAGGACAAAAGGUUUUUCCAAGAUCACAGUUAGAUCCCUUGGCAUCUUAAAUGGAAGACAACUACUAUCAAUGAGCCAAGAAGAACUGAAAAUGGUCUGCCCGGAGGAGGGAAGAAAAGUAUUUUCAAUGCUUGCAGGAGUCAAAUCCCCACUGCAGUAAUGGUCCUCAGCAUUAGCUUUUGUAGAUCUCCCAACCCAUUCCAUCAUUUACUUCUGAGAGAUGAUCACUGCAUCGACAACUCUUCUCUUCAUUGGUUUUGAUGAAAAUAUUAUUAGAUGGUAAUCUUCAAUCUAUUUUCCAAUUCAUUUGUAAUUGCUGUGUUUGUUAAGAUUAGCCUUUAAGGGGGCUUUAGAAUGCUUCGGUAAAUUCUGUAACCAAGUGGUAACAUGCUUACCAUUUUUGAAUGAUCUCAGGAACAUUUGUGAAGGGCUACAGUCACAGCGGAGAUACCCUGUUCAAUCACUGGGCUAUAGUUUUCAGGAUGGGGACAAAAUUUGCAGGGAUCAUAGAUUCUUGCAGCCUGGCCUUACCACAGACCACCUCUCUAAUUUUUUAGUAGGGAAACAGACUAUAUCAGUGUUUCUCAACCUUAGCAACUUUAAGACAUGUGGACUUCAACUCUGGACUAUAUCAAGAUAGCUAUGAAGGACAGAAACUCAAACUGAUCCUUCAGAUCUUAGAACUUUAAAAGGAUAGUUUUGGGGAAGCCAAGACGUUCUGAGUAAUGAGCCUAAUUUAGAAAUGCUCUAAAUGUACCUUCUCCAAUUGAGGAUGAUUGGGGGAUGGGGAAAAGAAGAUUGAGAGUAUAUAAAAAAACUAUAGGCCCAGAUAUGGGACGAAAACAGCAUUGGUCACACUCAUGAUGAUCUC